CUCUGCAUAGCCACAUUCAGGAAGAGCUUUAGAAACUGAAAAGGGGAGGUGGAGAAUAAUACGUUAAAAAAAAGACAUCCCUGCCUACUUGCGGCUUGUGAGCUGGUUCUGCAUUCUUCAGCAAUUCAACAGCACUACUGUGAAACAAAGAGUAUCAUUUCGAGACAUGAAAGUAGCACAUAUUCUAGAGCAAGGCAGCUCUUUCUGGCACGUGGCAGGAGCUUUUACACUGUGCUUGGUGACUGUGAGCCUAGGUGUGUUGGAUACUGUCACUACAGAACUAGGAUUUAGUCAUUAUGCCGAGAAGCCAAGUUCUACACUUCCUGUUUUUCUAUCAAUGCCUUUCAACUCCCUUGUCAAUCUCGGAUACGUAUUUUUGGGCAUAUACUGGCUCGUUCAAGAGGAGAAAACGAAUGGAGUUAAAGAGCGGACUGGUAGUUAUCUGAAGAAUGUCUUUUCCUGGAUGGCACUGGCCUACGGCCCAGUCCAGUGGGCGCGGAUUUCUACUCAGACACACAAGUCUGCAGUUCUCGAUCAGUGGUUUACCUUGCCAAUCUUUGCAUGGGCAAUCAUCUGGUGCAACUCCAUACUGAGACACUGGAACAGGCGGCAGUUCUUACUAAUAGAAGUCCUGUCAUUAAGCAGCUAUUUUUUCAGUAUAUUUCACCCACAAGGAUUUGAAUUUGCCCUGGCUGUGCAUAUCCUAUGGGCAGUGGUUUCCGGCGUCAAAUUACAGAACAGGCAUGGAGACUCUUCCUCAAAGAAGUACUUGAGCUUUGCUCUAAUCUCUUGCCUUGGUUUUGUUGGAUUAAAGCUUCUUGACCACUGGUUGGCCCAAUAUUUCCUGUUUCAGACACUAACUGGCCAUUUCUGGUCCAAAGUCUGUGACAUCCUACAGUUCCAUUAUGCCUUCUGCUUUCUACUUCAUCUAGACCGUCAUCGAUUCUCCAAGAUUAAAGGAUAGAAAACUCAAAGAAAGUUUGAAAGUUUGGAUGUUCUUCUCAAGCUUGUCGAAUGGCAACUCUGACUUAAAGUGUUGUUGAAUGGCACGCCGCCUUUAAUGCUCAUCUUCACAACUCAAUUAUAAUACAGAUAUGGAUCCGAAUAGUGAGCCAUAGAGAUUAUUUUGAUUCUUUUUAAUCUAAUGUUAACAAAGGCACUUAAAGGAGUUGUAAAUAAUAAAAAAAAAUGUUAUGCUGAAA